GAUUUGGUUGUGCGACGUAGUGGAAUAGAGAAGAAAAUUAUAUAUACUACAUUAUUAUUUAUAAUUUACUGGGUUAUUUUUGCUUCAUAAUGUUAUAAAUGUUCCGAUUCAUGGAAUUUUUGUAUGAUUGUUUGCUAAGUGCACAUUCGACAGAUCAAAACCAAUUGGCCUGAGCCGAGCACACGGGCCUAGCCAACAGGAGCAAAAGGCCAUUUUAAGCAGAGUAGAAGACAAACAGAGUUAGCAAUCAUGGUUCUCGCGGAUCUAGGAAGAAAAAUUACUUCUGCAUUGAAGUCUCUUAGCAAUGCUACUAUCAUCAACGAAGAGGUCUUAAAUGCAAUGUUGAAAGAGAUAUGUGCAGCCCUUCUGGAAGCUGAUGUGAAUGUGCAAUUGGUCAAGAGACUGCGUGAGAAUAUCAAAGCUGCAGCAAAUUUUGAUGAAAUGGCAGCAGGAAUAAACAAGAGGAGGGUCAUCCAGCACACAGUUUUUCAAGAACUUUGUAAGUUGGUAGACCCUGCGGUUAAGUCAUGGCAACCAACAAAGGGCAAAAAUAAUGUGAUAAUGUUUGUUGGUCUGCAAGGAAGUGGAAAGACAACCACCUGUACCAAGCUUUCAUAUUAUUACCAAAAGAAAGGAUGGAAAACUUGUUUAAUAUGUGCAGACACUUUCAGAGCUGGUGCUUUUGAUCAGUUGAAACAAAAUGCUACAAAGGCUAGGAUUCCUUUCUAUGGGAGUUAUUCGGAGCUAGAUCCUGUAGUUAUUGCACAAGAAGGUGUUGACAAGUUCAAAAAAGAAAAUUUUGAGAUUAUAAUUGUUGAUACCAGUGGUCGUCACAAACAAGAGGAAUCAUUGUUUGAGGAAAUGUUGCAAGUUUCAAAUGCAGUGCAACCAGACAACAUAAUCUUUGUGAUGGAUGCUUCAAUUGGUCAAGCAUGCGAGGCCCAGGCACGUGCUUUUAAAGACAAAGUUGACGUAGCCUCUGUUAUUGUGACAAAACUGGACGGUCAUGCAAAAGGUGGUGGGGCUCUUAGUGCCGUUGCAGCAACUAAAAGUCCUAUUAUUUUCAUUGGAACCGGAGAACAUAUUGAUGAUUUUGAGCCAUUUAAAACACAGCCCUUCAUUAGCAAAUUAUUAGGAAUGGGAGAUCUCGAAGGUUUGAUUGAUAAAGUUAAUGAGUUAAAGCUUGACGAGAAUGAAGAACUGAUAGACAAAUUAAAGCAAGGUGUGUUCACAAUUCGUGACAUGUAUGAACAAUUUCAAAAUAUCAUGAAGAUGGGACCAUUCAGCCAGAUAAUGGGAAUGAUACCUGGCUUUAGUGCUGAUUUUAUAUCGAAAGGUAGCGAACAGGAGUCAGUUGCAAGGCUAAAAAAGCUGAUGACAAUAAUGGAUAGCAUGAGUGAUGAAGAAUUAGACAGUCCAAAUGGCUCGAAAUUAUUUACCAAACAUCCAACAAGAGUAUCAAGGGUUGCAAGGGGCUCUGGUGUAUCAUCAAGAGAGGUGCAAGAACUUUUAUCUCAAUACCAAAAAUUUGCACAAAUGGUCAAGAAAAUGGGUGGCAUCAAGGGCCUUUUCAAAGGAGGAGAUAUGGCGAAAAAUGUUAAUCCUUCCCAGAUGGCAAAGUUAAAUCAGCAAAUGGCAAGAAUGAUGGAUCCAAGAGUUCUACAGCAAAUGGGAGGAAUGGGUGGACUUCAAAACAUGAUGAAACAAUUCCAGCAAGGCGCUCAGUCUUUUGGUGGAAAAGGAAGAAAGGCACCAAAAUAGAUAUCAACUAUUCUAUGAAUAUAUGUAAUAUUGAAGUCCUGUAUAUUUGAGUUUUAAAACAAAUGUAGACUUUUAAAGGAUUCGGGGGUUUUGAAGAUUGCUGAUAUAAGGAAAGUUUUUGUCUUGAUGUGAUAAACAUUGUUAGUAUAGGAAAAGCUAGAGAUUGACAAAAGCAGCACAGGGUAGCUUCGUAAGCUUGAUUCACAAUAAUCAUAUCGAGUAGGCAUAAGAGCUGCGAUGAAUCAAAAUUAUUACCCCAGUAUGGACUUCAUUAUCAAUAAAUAAUGGUGCAAGUCAGAUGGAUGAGAUUCGUUUCAUAAGCUUGAUAUAUGCUACAAAUUUUCUCUCACUCCAAGCAAAUUUUUCUCAGCCAACCCAGCAUCCCUUGACACAGCAUAACUGCAGUCUAGAUUUCACCCUCAGUUAACAGCAAUACAGCUGCAGGGGUGUGCUAUCCAUUGACCUAAUUCCUUACACUGCUGAUCUUCUCAUUUUCAUAAACGGGGAUUUUUUCGCGUUUAAACGAGAAAAAUGUACUUACAUCCGUUGGAAAUUCGCCGUAUUUUCUCGAACCAUAAAAUACCAAACGAAUACAGUUGUUUUUUUCUGUAAAUUUACUUGAAAUUCCAUGUGUUUUUCUCGAUUUUCAAGUUUUUCCUACUUUUGUUAAGUUGAAGCAGAACCAGUGGAAUGUAACUCGUUUCCCAUAAAGAGAAGUCGGAAAGAGACGCUUUGCAAUUAAUGCUUUAAAAACUAGAAGUACUAUGCGAAAUUGGCACACUUUGGUGUCUUUGGAGGAAUGGCUGUAGCAAAUCUCUCCCUAAAGUUGCUAUUUCUUCCACAAAAUAUCCUUCAUUCCAAUAUU